AUAGUCCUCUGACCGGAAGUGUUGAUUUGCCACUCACACUUGACGGCAAGUGGAGCGCAGCAGAGCAGCGAAACAUGGCGACUCCGAACAAUCCACGCAAAUUCAGCGAGAAGAUCGCUUUACAUAACCAAAAGCAGGCACAAGACACGGCGGCGUUCGAGGAAGUCAUGAAAGACCUCAGCAUUACUCGGGCUGCCAGGUUACAGUUGCAGACAAAUCAGUAUUUGCAGUUGGGACCAAACCGUGGGCAUUACUAUGGAGGAUCUUUACCGAACGUCAAUCAGAUUGGAAACAGCACUGCUGAUUUUUCCUUUCAGAAGUCACGGAUGGACAUGAACAGGUCAUCACGACACCACGGGUUGGUGGACAGAGUCUACCGCAACCGAAUAUCGUCGCCCCAUCAGAACCCCCUCACUGUCGACAAACAUGGACGCCAAAUUGACAGCUGUCCGUAUGGCUCGGUAUAUCUGUCGCCACCACCUGAAACCAGCUGGAGGAGGACAAAUUCUGACUCAGCGCUUCACCAGAGUACAUUAGCUCCUGGCCAGCAGGCAUCCUUCAUGUGUGGAUCACAUGAGCUUCAGCCCAAAAGAGUUCUGCUACUAACGGUACCAGGAUCUCAAAUUUUCAAAAGGGAGGUUGAAGAAGAAGGGCUAAAACAGAACUGGGAUUGCAAAAAGGAUGUUUCAAGAUCCAAAUCCUACGAAGUCCCUGGAAUCCACAUAUUUCCAUCACUGGAGCAGCAUCUCAAACCAGUUGCUCACAGCACUGGUGGUUCUCUGCCUAACCUGUCAAACGUCCACUUCCCUCCUCCGCUGUCCACCCCGCUGGACUCCGAUGAAGCGGCAGCCCUCUCGUUCAGCUCUCCCAACAACAGUUCUCAGAUGCUGGAUAAAACACAAGGAGUGAAUUGCUCUCAGCCCACAGUAACCAUGGAGAUGCAGUCUGGGCAGGACAACAUGGAGCCUCUCGUUCUUAACACAGGAGACCCUCACUGGCAACAUAACUUACAGCACUCACCAACAUCUGCACCGCUCCCUCUCUCUCAGGCUGCGAUCAACACCAUGAACCUGGACCACCAGUUGUCCCAGUACGCCUUCUUCAAUCAGCGGCCGUCGUCCCAAAUACACCAGAACCAGCCUCAAACAGGUACGGUCCAGAUGCCAUCCACUGUGACCUCCUGCACCACGACGGACAGUCAGAUGUCCUCACAAUGCAACAUGGCCAUGGACAUGAAUACGGCCAGCCCACUCCAACAAUACCGCAGCAGGGUGGGAUCCUCUGCCAAUCAAUCUCCAACCUCCCCCACUUCCAACCAAGGCUUCUCACCUGGAGGUUCGCCUCAACAUAACUCCAUACUGGAUAGUGUCUUUGCUGAGUUCUAUGACCAGCAGGUUCCGCCCAUUCAGACCAGUGCACUCUCUCAACAGCUGGAGCAGUUCAACAUGACAGAAACAUCCAACUGCUGUGACAGCUUCAACAACCAGACCUCCACCCUCAACUACUCCCAGAUGAUGGGCUUGUCUGGUGGCCACUGUAACCACCAGGGCUCUCAGCAGCUGGGCUACAGUAGCCAUGGCAACAUCCCUAACAUCAUUCUCACAGUGAGUGGAGAGUCUCCUCCCAGCCUGCCGAAGGACCAGGCUGACCCCCUGUCAACAGAUAUCAGCUUCGAUGUUGAUGCCCAUUUCCCACUGGACGACCUAAAUAUCGACCUACUGACACUUGAUGGCCUGCACAUGCUCAACGACCCGGACAUGGUGCUCGCUGACCCAGCCACAGAGGAUGCCUUUCGACUGGAUCGCCUCUGAUUGCAGUGUGCACUGGUCUUGGCUUCGUUUUGGCUUAUUCACCAAUUUGCCCGAUUUACUCCCAUAAAAAGCUUUUUAAAGAGAACGGCCAGCUUCCCUCUUCUGGACUGGAAAAUUGGCAACAUCUUAAAAGCAUCAAGGUACAAACUCUGUUUGCGGUUCUGCCAAUGACAAGUAAAUGAGUUGUGAUUAUUUGGUAAAAGGUUAUAUGGUUUGAAGGAAUCGUGUGGUCUGGUCAAACUGACGAAACAUUGUAAAGCAAAAGCAGUGGCGUAGUGUGGGGCUGUGAAAUGGCCGACACCCACAGGCUCAAAACCUCUAUUCAUCCAUUUUCCAGAGUCCUUAUUCUCAUUAAGGUUGGGGGUGAGCUGGAACCUGUCCCAGCUGACUUUGGGUGAUGGGCAGGAUGCACCGUGGACUGGUUGCCAGCCACCAUUAUUUAUCUAACAUAACAAAAAAAAUUGGAAAAAUAAAUAAAUAAAUAAGCCCCAAUACCAAUGAAUUUGGGACUUUGUGAUUAACGUAAAUAUAAACAGAAUGCAAUGAUUUCAUCCUAUAUUCAAUUGAAUACACUACAAAGACAAGAUAUUUAAUAUUCAAACUGAUGAAAAUCUUUUCUUUUUUUUUUGCAAAUAUACUCUCAUUUUGAAUUUGAUGCCUGCAAUACAUUCCAAAAACUGGGACAGAGGCUACAAAAGACUGGGGAAAGUUGAGGAAUGCUAAAGAAAACACCCGUUUGUAACGUUCCACAGAUGAACAGGUUAACUGGAAACAGGUGAGUGUCAUGAUUGGGUAUAAAAGGAGCGUCACCGUGAUAAAAGGAAAUAUAGAUAAAAGAUAGAAAGAUGAGAAAGAUAAAGGCCUAAUUAGAAGCCAUAUGAACACAGCCGCAAUAAAACUACUACUGAAACCAGGGAAAGACCCCACCAGCCAGCGAAUUACUGACCACUGUCACUAAUUAUUAUGGACAUCAAAAUAAUUUCUAAGGCUUUAGCCAACAGAUUAAAAAGAAAUUCUCCCGUCGAUAAUACCUGGUGACCAAACCGGUUUCACUAAAGGUCGGAGGUCCACCAACAAUUUCAGUCGACUGAUAUACCUAAUAAGUAUGUCUCAGUGUAAUAAUCUAAAAGCAAUCGUCUUUUCACUAGAUGCAGAAUAAGCGUUUGACAAAGUUAACUGGUCUUUUCUUUUUGCACUACUUCACAAAUUGGGCUUCUGUGACUCAUAUGUUCACUGGAUCGCAACAUUAUAUAACUUACCCAAAGCAACUGUCACCACAAAUGGAGUCACAUCACAAAGUUUCACUUUACAAAGAGGAACUAGACAAGGAUGACCACUCUCGCCCCUACUAUUCGCACUAUUUAUCGAACCACUGGCAACAGCGAUACAGCAGAACACUAGUACUAAAGGAAAAACGUACCUGUACUGGAAAAAAAUUGUGACGACUUAAAACGUUGGGACAGUCUACUUAUUUUACUUCUAGGGUGUAUACCUACAUUAAAAAUGAAAACAUUACCUCAAAUUAACUAUUUAUUUUCAGUGAUCCCAUUGUUCACAAGCAAGGAUGGGGUGAGUUUCACCACUUUAUGAAGAUCUACGUGAGCAAAUAAUCUAACAGUUUAAGAACGUUUCUCAAUGUACAAUUGCAAGGAAUUUAUGGAUUUCAUCAUCUAAAUUCGAUAAUAUAAUCUAAAGAUUGAAAGAAUCUGGAGAAAUCUCUCCACAGUAAGCAGCAAGGCCAAAAACCAAAAUUGAAUGCCAGUGACCUUCGAUCCCUGAGGCGGCCAUGCAUUAAAAACUGGCAUUAUUGUGUAAAGGAUAUUGCCACAUGGGCACAGGAACAUAGUCAGUUAACACAGUUCGUCGCUACAUCUACAAAUGAAAACUAAAACUCGACCAUGUAAAAUUAAAGCCAUACGUCAGCAACACCCAGAAAUUCCACCGGCUUCUCUGGGUCCUAGCUCAUCUGAGAUGGACUAGCGCAAGGUUGAAAAGUGUGCUGGGGUCUGACGAAUCCGCAUUUUAAAUAUUUUUUUGGAAUCAUAGGCGUCGUGUCCUCUGGGCCAAAGAGGAAAAGGACCAUCCGGAUUGUUAUCAGGGCAAAGUUCAAAAGCGAGAAUCUGUGAUGGUAUGAGGGUGUGUUAGAGCCCAUGGCAUGGGUAACUUGCACAUCUGUGAAGGCACCAUUAGUGCUGAAAGCUACAUACAGGUUUUGGAGCAACAUAUGCUGCCAUCCAAGCAAUCUCUUUUUCAGGGACAUCCCUGCUUAUUUCAGCAAGACAAUGCUAAGCCACAUUCUACCCGUGUUACAACAUUGUGGCUUCGUAGUAAAAAGGUGCAAGUAUAAGACUGGCCUGCCAGCAGUCCAUUAUGAAGCACAAAAUAUGACAACGGAGACCCCAGACUGUUGAGCAACUGAAGUUGUACAUCAAGCAAGAAUGGGAAAGAAUUUCACUUACAAAGUUUCAACAAUUAUGUCCUCAGUUCACAAAAUGCUUAUUGAGUGUUGUUAAAAGGAAAGGUGAUGUAACACAGUAGUAAACAUGCCCGUCCCAGCUUUUUGGGAACGUGUUGCGGGCAUCAAAUUCAAAAUGAGUGAAUAUUGGAAAAAAAAUCCGGUCUUUGUAGUGUAUUUUAUUGAAUAUAGGUUGAAAAGGAUUUGCAAAUCAUUGUAUUCAGUUUUUAUUCAUGUUUUUUGUCCUUAAAUAUAUUUCCAAAGGUGCUAUUGACAUGAAAAUUUCAACCCAAGUAAUGCAUACAUACAAAGAAGAACAAAUAAGCUCAGAAAUUAAGUUGUGUGUAAUAAUGUGAAAUGACACAUGAGGAAAAGGAAAAAAGUAUUGAACACAUGAAGAAAGGGAGGUGCAAAAAGGCAUGGAAAGCCAAGACAACACCUAAAAUCUAUAAAUGAUCCAACAGCAAUCCAGCCCGUUGUCAGUGAAAAUGAAUAUUAGCUGGUUCAGUUGUAAUUGUUGGCCUACAAAAAGGUCUCAUUGCCAAGGUGUGAGUCAAGACACAUCACAUGAUGGGUAAGAGCAAAAAGCUCUCUCAAGACCAUCACAAACUAAUUGUUGCAAAACAUAACGAUAGCAUUGGUUACAGGAGCAUAUCUAAAGCUUCUGAAUGUUCCAGUGAGCACGGUUGGGGCCAUAAUACAUAAGUGGAAAGAAAGCCAAUCAUACCACCAUAAAUUUGCCUCGAUCAGGUGCAAAGAAUAAUCAGAUGAGUUGUUCGAGAGCCAAGGACCACCUGUGGAGAGCUUCAAAAAGACCUGGAAUUAGCAGAUACUGUUGUCACAAGGAAAACAGUGAGUAAUGCACUCCGCCGCCAUGGGCUGUAUGCACGCUCACCAUGCAAGACCCCAUUGCUGAAAAAAAAGCAUGCCAAAGCUUGUUUAAAGUUUGCUGAACAACAUUUGGGUAAGACCGUUAAAUACUGGGAGAAUAUAGUGUGGUCGGAUGAGAGCAAAAUUGAACUGUUUGGAUGCCACAAUGCACACCACGUUUGGAGGGGAAAUGGCACUGCACAUCACCCUAAAAACAUCAUACCAACACUGAAGUUCGGAGGGGGGGGACAUGAUGGUGUGGGGCUGCUUUUCAGCAAAUGGUACUGUAAACUUUACAUUAUUGAAGGAAGGAUGAAUGGGAAAAUCUACCAGAACCUUGAAGAUUUGAAGACUGCUUGUGUGGAGGAAUGGGCCAAAAUCACACCAGAGCAAUGCAUGCGCCUAGUUUCUCCAUACAGGAGGCUUUUGAACCUGUCAUUGCAAACAAAGGCUUCUGUCCAAAGUAUUAAAUACCAGUUGGCGUGCUCAAUACUUUUUCCCUGUGUCAUUUCACAUUUAUUAAGCACGACUUAAUUUAGCUUAUUUGUUUUACCGGUACUUUCUUUGUACGUAUGGAUUACUUGGGUUGUUCCCAACAACUCGUGAAAUUUUCAUGUCAAUAGCAUCUUUGGAAAUCUAUUUAGUGAGAAAAAUGGUGACGUGUUACUUAUUUCAGCCGCUGUGUGUGUGUAAAUAUAUACACAUAUAUAUAUAUGUGUGUGUGUGUGUGUGUGUGUGUAUAUAUAUAUGUAUAUGUAUAUGUGUGUGUGUGUGUGUGUGUGUGUAUAUAUAUAUAUAUAUAUAUAUAUAUAUAUAUAUAUAUAUAUAUACACACACACACACACACACACACUGCAUACGGUCGCUACUUUGUUGAUUUGAUGAUCGUCUAUCGCAGGAUGUUAAUGCGGGUCUAUUGUAGCACUACAUUGUAUGAACUUUUUACAUACAAUAAGUGCUGUGAACGUCCAGAUAAAAACUGUGCUACACUGAAUUGGUCGGACCCAGGGAGCAGGUUAACGGGGCCGCAAAUACUUGACUGGUCCUAGGUUCUGGAAACCCAUGCUGUGCCACUGUGAGACCCACUGAGAGCAGCUUCAGACCUCCCUUUACUGAGUUUGCAACGUUUUAAUCCCACACAGGAGAUGCUGGAGUUUGAUUUGACUCACCUUGACAAUCAUCUGUUCUGCAUGAACUCUAAUCACUGUGCAUCCUUGUUAUGCCUUAAGUGCUCCCACGUUUCAAUUUUCACAGAAAGAUUGCUAAAAUGAAAAUUACAUAUUUCAAUCAUCUUGAGUAAUAUUUUCUGUUACAGCGGAGUUACUGUCACUGUACUUUUGAGAUGUAUUGAUGUUUUUUUGUUACUUGUCACAAACAUUCUUUUGUAUUUUACCUUCAAGUACAGUAUAUAUACAGUAUACUAAAUGGGUUUUUUGUUGUGGCAUAAGUGUUUACCUAGUAUGUACAUUUGAGCCUCCAUGUACAUAAUGUGAGUAGAUUAGAGGAAGUUGACCUAUGCAAAACACAAAAUUGAUUUUGAACUGCAGUCAGUGAAACUGAUUUUAACCUUUUAGAUCCUUGCUUAGAGGAAGCUUAAGUAUGUACACAAUUCUUAUACCGUGCAGAGAAAUGCUGUCAUGUUUAUACAGCAUGUAUUUUGAUAUUUAAAAGAAAGAAAAAAAAUUCGCAGAGACAAAUUGAAGUCUCUUGAUUGCUCCCAAAGAUGACGUCAGUGUAGUAGAAAUAUAUUUUUUUUUCCCCCAGACAUUUAAACAGCCUGUAUUCUAGAACAGCAUUGUUGAUGCAAUGAGAAUGUAUUGAGGUCUAUGGAAAGAUGUUUGACCUUGAGUAUUUAUGCGAUAACCUUUUGUAUUUACAGUCUAUUCUAUUGUUUGGUCUCCAUGAGCAGAUUUGGGAUAUUGUUUUAAAGGAUCUUUGUUUUCUAUACAGUAUAGUAAUACUGAUUACUUUCAUUGUUUUUAUUGUAUUUAUGGUGUCUAUCUGUCUAAUUUAUUCUCAGUUCGCCCCUCUGGUGUCUGGGUUCACAUUUCAAUUACUCAGUGUGUUUACUUAAAACUUCUACACUACAACUACACUACACUACUUUAAAGAGACAGUUUUCAUACCACACCUCUUUAACUCUUGUGUGGACUGGACUCAUCAAACAUAACAUUCUUAUCAGCAAAUUAAAAUAAUUGUUCUAUAACUCAAAUACACAUUUUGAGAUAUUUUCCAAUGAUCAGCAAAUACACACAGAUACAAAUACACCUUUCAUUUGGGGAUUUUUUUAUAAUACAGCUGGUUUCCACGGUUAUUCCUUUUGAGGUAUAAAAUACAUAUUACAAAAUGUUCCUCAAAUUGUAUUAUUAAAAUAGUUAUAAAAAUUCUGAGUAAAUCUCAUUUUACGACUUUCAAGCUGUUAGUAAUUUUAGGGGAAAAAAACCCCAUUAAAGAUGCCCAUUAAAGUUACAUGCAUGUUGCAUGCUGCAAUAUGUCAUUAUCAUUAUUUAUGGUGAGACAGACAUCUUUGUUGGGCCAUUUUCUUUUACCUCGGACUGCACUUCUGUCUAUUUAACCAUUUUUUUCAUGUUAUUUAAUGAAAAUGAAAAAUUUGAUUUACUAACAUAUGUGAGGGCCCUUGGAUAUAUCAUGUUUUCAAAUUAAGUUUUUGCAUUACUUUGCUUGUUUUAUUGAUUGUAAUAAUUUUGUGAUUGCAUGACUGACUUGAGUCUGAUUCCCUUUUAUGGCUUGAUUUUUAUAUCCUACCUGUUGGUUUAAACUGUCAUUUGUCUAUCGAAUCAUGUUAUCCCGAUAAGUUGGAAGAAAAAAAAAACAUCAGUUAUCUGUUAACUAUUUUUUUCGUAGUGUUACACUGCGAAAUACGGUACCAUAUGUGCUUACUACUUUUAUAUUGUCAUGGUAAAUCUGACUUGCUUUGUAUAUUGCUUUGUGCUUUAUGUAAUAUGAUGGCACAGUAAGAAAAUGCACUAUGAUGUAACAUGCUGCAAUAUGGCAUUAUGAUUAUUUAUGGUGAGAGACAUCGUUGUUGGGCCAUUUUCUUUGAGCUCGGACUGCACCCUAUUUUUCAUCCUUGUUAAGCGACAGUGGAUAUAAAAAGUCUACACACCCCUGUUCAAAUGCCAGUUUUAUAUAUAUAUAUAAAUAUAUAUAUUUUACCAAGAUAAAUCAUUUCAAACCCUCUUAUACUAUUAUGGUGUGUGUGUUAGUGUGAGUACUUUUUUUUGCCAUCAGGCUUUUUCCCUAUUAAGGGGGGAGAAAAAAAAUAAAUAUAUGAUUUGUUCUGUCUAAUACUUAAUAACUCUCAUAUUGUUAAUUGCAUUAUUUUGCUUACCAGCCCACUGCCUGUACAGAUCACCUCACAUUUAAAUGCACUUUGAUAUUCAACGUGAAAAGUACAAAAACAAUUUCAGAACUAUGAACAUAGAUGUCACUCAUCUGAGUCUUUUUUGUGCAUUUUGAGGACAGCCGUGCUGGUCCAAACCUCAUCCAAUGGCAGCUAAAUUAUGACAUUUUUUUUUUUGUUUAAGAGGAAACAAUUCCUAAAGUAUCACGUGUUUUUCUGCCGAGAAGGGCUGCACUAUGGUGUUACGAGCUCACUGCAAACUUCACCCUUAAAGAUCUUUUUGUUUUCUAAUAUAAAUGACCCGUCAAAUUAGACCAAAUGCAUCAUAAGUUGGCUGUUGCUUGUUUUUAAAUGUACCUGAUGUAUUUGAAUAUGUAUUUAGUUUCUGACGGCUACUGUCUUUGUAUCUUUGUAUUAUUAUUUGUACAUGGAAUUUACAAGAGGAAAACGUCUAUGAAGAUGAA